AAUGGGUGAAACAGUAAGCCAUUGCCAAGUGUGUGUGUGCGCGUGUGCAUGUUGAGCUUUUCCUACAUAUGCCACACUUCUUGCUUGGUUUCAGUCACUCAGCAUUCCUCUUCACCAUCCUCUUCUCUGAAGCUAACUCAGAAGACGCCACCAUGGCAAACACGAUGGUCAUCCAGCAGCCCAAGCCCUUUGUUCAGGCCAUUACCUCAAACCAAUGGAGCUCCGAAAUCUGUGACUGCACCAAGGAUAUGUCUUCGUGUUGCUUAGCAUUCUGGUGCUUCCCCUGCUUUGCCUGUAUAACGGCGAGGGAGGCUGGGGAGUGCCUGUGUCUGCCCCUGCUAGACGGCUUCGGCCUUAUCCCCCCCGCCACCAUGUCCCUGAGGGUGGGGAUCCGCCAGCGCUACGGCAUCGAGGGCACCAUGUGUAAUGACUGUGUCUAUUCAUUCUUCUGCGGGCCCUGCACCUGGUGUCAAAUGUCAAGAGAGAUGAAGACCCGCCUCCAACCAGUCACUCUCAUCAACCCACAUGUUCUUUGUCCUUAGUCGAGUGGCCAGCCGGCCAGUCACCAUGGCAACGAGUGUGAUAAUCAACAACCAGCAUUCUCAGCCUCCUCAGCCCCAGACACCAGCUUUCAUAGCUGUCCACUCUAACCAGUGGAAC